UCUCAUUUGUUUCUAUGUUUCAAGAAUACUAGUUGUUGACUUUGCGCUCAAAACAAGUCGGUUUUUCGUUCAAUGAUAACAGACGUUCGGAUUUCUGAAUAUUUCAUUCUUGUCAUAUUUCUAAAACACUGAAGUAAUUCAUUAUCAGAGACAUUUUAAACUAAACAAAUACUAUGCGCGACGCAAAUGCAAACGAACGAACUGCACUCACCACUGGUACUGGUGGUGCAGAUUCAUUCGAAAUUUCCCCUAAAGAUCUACAGAAAUUAAUGGACUGUCGUAAAUUGGAGGCUGUUAAAUAUCUUAAUGAAAAAUACGGUGGAGUUGUAGGAUUAUGUCGAUUACUUAAAACAUCUCCACAAGAUGGUUUACAUGAAGAUGAUUUCUCUAAACGUAUUAAUACAUUCGGUGCUAAUGUUAUACCACAACAACGUGCUAAAACAUUUUUAAGAUUAAUGUGGGAAGCUUUACAAGAUUUAACAUUAAUUGUUUUAAUUGUUGCUGCAUUCAUUUCACUUGCAUUAUCACUUUAUAUAAAAUAUGGACAAGCACCAACAUUUGAUGAAUCGGAAGGACAAGCUGGUUGGAUUGAAGGUUUAGCCAUUCUAAUUGCUGUAUUUGUUGUUGUAUUUGUUGUGGCAUUGAAUGAUUGGCAAAAAGAACGACAAUUUCGUGGUUUACAAAAUAAAAUUGAAUCAGAGCAUACAUUUUUUGUUAUACGUAAAGGUGAUACUAAACAAAUUCCUGUAAAAGAAAUUGUUGUUGGUGAUGUAUGUCAAGUGAAAUAUGGUGAUCUCCUACCAGCUGAUGGUAUAGUGAUACAAUGUAAUGAUUUAAAAAUUGAUGAAAGCUCUUUAACUGGUGAAUCGGAUCAAGUAAGAAAAAGUGAAACAAAAGAUCCUGUCCUACUUUCAGGCACUCAUGUUAUGGAAGGUUCCGGUAAAAUGGUUGUUACUGCCGUUGGACCGAAUUCACAAGCUGGUAUAAUAUUUGCUUUGCUAUCUUCUGGUUCUCAUGAUGAACAUGGUGGAGGUGGUCAAGAGAACAAAAAAGAGAAAAGCAAAACUAAAAAGAAUGGUAAAAAAGGGAAAAAGAACACUAACAAAGUACCAUCUGCUAAUUCCGAUGCUUAUCAAAUGAAAUCAAAAGAGAAUAAAACAAAAACUGAAUCUGAUACAGAACAGACUUCGAAACCGAAGAAAAAACCACGUCGUAAAGAACAAUCUGUGUUACAAGCAAAAUUAACUAAAUUAGCCAUACAAAUUGGUUAUGUUGGUACAUGUGUUGCAAUAGCUACUGUCCUAAUAUUAAUCAUCAAAUUUUCAGUACAUACAUUUGCACAAAAUAAAGAACCAUGGCAAACUGGAAAACAUUUGAAACAAAUAGUUAAUUAUAUUAUUACUGGUGUGACAGUAUUAGUUGUUGCUGUUCCCGAAGGUUUACCACUUGCUGUAACUUUAUCAUUGGCAUAUUCAGUGAAACGUAUGAUGAAAGAUAAUAAUCUAGUUCGACAUUUAGAUGCAUGUGAAACAAUGGGCAAUGCAACAGCGAUUUGUUCAGACAAAACUGGUACAUUAACUACAAAUCGUAUGACAGCUGUUCAAUGUUUCAUUGGUAAUAAACAUUAUAAACGUAUACCGACAGCUUCAGAAUUACCAGAAUCUAUCACCAAUCUCAUAGUAAUGAAUAUAUCCAUUAAUAGUGGGUAUACAUCGAAACUUUUGCCUUUCGAUAUUCCAAAUGCUUUACCUAAACAAGUUGGAAAUAAAACAGAAUGUGCUUUAUUAGGUUUUGUCAAAUCUAUUGGACGUAGCUAUGAAGAUAUACGUACACAAUGGAGUGAAGAACGUUUAUAUAAAGUGUACACAUUUAAUUCAAUACGUAAAUCCAUGAGUACAGUUAUUAAAGAAUCAGAUAAUCCAAUGUCAUUUUUAUUGUUUACUAAAGGUGCUUCAGAAAUGGUUGUUAAAUGUUGUUCUUGGAUGAUGGAUGAACAAAAUAAACCAAGACCAUUCAGUCUACAAGAUCAAGAACGUUUAACUGAAGCAGUGAUUGAACCAAUGGCAGGUGAAGGUCUUCGAACCAUUGGCAUAGCUUAUAAAAAAAUUACAAUAGCUACAAAUUCAAAAAGUCCGAAUGAUAUGAUUGUACAAAGUGAACCGAAUUGGGACGAUGAAGAACAUUUAUUAGAAGGUCUUACUUUAUUAGGUAUUAUUGGAAUUGAAGAUCCAGUUCGACCAGAAGUACCAGCUGCUAUACGUCAAUGUCAAAAAGCCGGUAUCACUGUACGUAUGGUAACUGGUGAUAAUGUAAAUACAGCACGAUCAAUUGCAAUGAAAUGUGGUAUUAUACAACCAGGUGAAAAUUUUCUUGUUAUUGAAGGUAAAGAAUUUAAUCGACGUAUUCGUGACAAAGCAACUGGUAAAGUUAGACAAGAUUUAUUUGAUCAAGUAUGGAUUAAUUUAAGAGUAUUGGCUAGAUCUUCACCUCAGGAUAAAUACACAUUAGUCAGUGGGAUAAUUAACAGUCGUGCAGCACCGUCACGUCAAGUAGUCGCUGUCACUGGUGAUGGUACAAAUGAUGGUCCAGCGUUGAAACGUGCAGAUGUUGGUUUUGCAAUGGGUAUAGCUGGUACAGAUGUAGCAAAAGAAGCAUCCGAUAUUAUAUUGACAGAUGAUAAUUUUUCAAGUAUUGUUAAAGCUGUUAUGUGGGGUCGUAAUGUAUAUGAUUCAAUUACAAAGUUUUUACAAUUUCAAUUAACUGUAAAUUGUGUUGCAAUUAUUGUUGCAUUCGCUGGAGCAUGCUUUUUAGAUGAUAGUCCAUUGAAAGCUAUACAGAUGUUAUGGGUCAAUUUAAUUAUGGAUACAUUGGCUAGUUUAGCAUUGGCUACAGAACAACCAUCAGUGGAAUUAUUAGAUCGUGCACCAUAUGGACGUACUCAACCAUUGAUCAGUAGACAAAUGGCUAAAAAUAUCUUAGGUCAUUCUUUAUAUCAAUUGGGUGUUAUAUUUUUCUUAUUAUUUUAUGUUCAAUUAAUAAUGGAAGUCGAUAAUGUAUCGGGGAUAACAGUACAUGAACCAACACAACAUUAUACCAUAAUAUUUAAUACUUUAGUAUUAAUGACAUUAUUUAAUGAAUUUAAUGCAAGAAAAAUUCAUGGACAACGUAAUGUAUUUAGUGGUUUACAUAGAAAUCCAUUAUUUAUCAUAAUUUGGUUUGUAACAUUUUUAUUACAAGCAUUAAUUAUACAAUUUGGUUCAUAUGCAUUCAGUACAAAAGCAUUAGAAUUAGAUCAAUGGGCUUGGUGUUUAUUCUUUGGUGUUGGUGAACUUGUCUGGGGUCAGGUUGUUAAUACAGUACCAAAUGCAAUUAUACCAAAAUGUAAAUGUCGUAAACGUAAACGUCCUACAGUUGUCGGUGUUAACGAAAAUGCAGCUGAUGAAUACAUUAAAGAUGCGAUUGAAGUCGGUGAAGCUGAUGAAGAAGAAGAUGAAAUCUCUCCAUUAUCACUAGGUGGUGCUAAUAUGGGAAUUGGUGGACGUAUUUUAUGGAUUCGUGGUGUAAAUCGUAUUCAAACACAGAUGCAAGCUGUAAGUGGCCUUUCACGAAAGUAACUAACUAAACUCCUUGUGGGGUUGUUUGUUUGUUUGUUUUAUUAUUAUUUUUUAUACAUAAAGAAAAACGAUUGCUUCGGUGUUGUUCCUGUUCCUGUUGUUAUUGUUGUUGUUGUUGUUGUCGAUGUCGAUGUUGUUGUUGUUGUUGUUAUAUGUGAUAUUACGUUUUCCAGCUUUUGUUUAGUUUUCAUUUUAUUAUCGCUGUGGUUGUUAUGUUUCACUUAUGCAUACUACCCUUAUACCUACUUAUUUUAUAUUCGACUAUUUGUGUGCACAUUUGUUCCUUAUUUUUGUUGUUGUUUUGUUAUUUGUUUUACUUCAAUCUCUUUAUUAUUUAUUAGAUUGUCAAAUCUAUAGUCAACUAUGAUAUCUUCUAUCAAUUUAGUUGCCAUGACAACAUCUAAUCAUAUUCAUAAUUCUUUACUUCUAUUUAAAGAGAUCUUUUUUCUCUUUUUUGUUGUUGUUGUUGUUCUCUUUACUUUCUUCUAUUAUUUACUUUUUUUAAAAGAACACAAAACAAACUGUUUUUAAGCAACAAACAAAACAUUUAUAUAUAUAUAUAUAUAUACUUAUACAUAUUUAGGGAAACAAGGUGUCUAAUUUGACUGAAUGGUUUGUUUUUGAAUACCAUUGAAUUACAUAAUAACUAUUUAUGUCAUCUGUUCCAUUGUAUUUUUAUAAUUAGAAUAAUGAACAUUAAAACUAUUUGAGUAGGGUUGUUUGAUUUUGGGUUGUUUUUUUAAAAAAAAAUUUUUACGGAAGUAAAUCGAUAGGUUAGUUUUGGUGAUAAGACACAUUUCCAUUGAAGGAUCAUGUUCAUUAUGACAUCAUAAAAAGGAGGUAUAAAUAAUCAAUGAAAUGAGCCCAUAUAUUUUGAUUGAUUAUGUCAUAAAAUCGAUUAGUUAGUUCAUUUCUCUAGUUAUCCACGUGAAUGUAUAUUCAAUUAUAUUGAUUUUAAUCGGAUUAUUUUUUUAUUUUUUUUUAAUUAAACAUAUACAUCAUGGUAUAUACAUUUAUUGAUCGAACUUGAAACAGGUACCCUUAGCUGUAUGAGAUUUUCUGAAUGAGAAUGUGUAAAAAUAAUGAAGGAUCUCCACAAAACACAAACUCUUUAAUAUCGAAAUGAAUGAUAAAUUAAUCAGUGGAGUUCAACCAGGUCUGUUGUGAGAUAUCGGCUCACUGAAGACAAUGGUAUACGGUAGCGCAACAUCGUGGAUUGGUUGAAGUUAGACAUUAACACCGUUGGAUACCGGCUCAGUGAUCUAGUUGGUUAAGCGCCUGGCUCGAGACUGAUAGGUCCUGGGCCCGAAUCUCGC